AUGGCGCCCGUCAUCCGGCCGUCAGCCUUCUUUUCCCGCACCAUGUGUCUCACACGACCCCUGCAAGUAAAACCCGACCUUGCAAUGGUCGUCGGGACGUUCACGUCCACUUGCACUUGCACGAGCAGGAGCUUCGAACAGGGGCACAAUCUUACAUACCUGAUACCCACAGAAAAGCAAGGAAACCAGCAAACCGCCGUCGUCCAAAUACAUCCGGCCAUAUCCCGCCCGCUCCCGUUUGCAAAGCUAGCAGAAACGAACCAACAUACGGCGUGGUGGGCCUUUCUUGCUUCAUACGGUGCGGAGCCCGGGGCCCUUACCCUACAAAACGUCGUUGAUACGGAUACUGAACAUCGCGCUGUCCUCUUUCGGACGCCGCGGCCUCGUCAAGAUUCAAGAAAAGAAGAACAUCAACCGAUGCCCCCACACCAUCGAAUCCAAUCCAUGGUUGUCUUGGUUCAAAGCUAUAAGUUUGGUGACACAGUCAAAACCAUUGUCGUUGAUGUAAUGGGGAGGAGAUGCCGAGUGGCGUCAACGAACAACAACGUUAAACAGCAUACGAUGGAGACCCAAAGAUAG